AUGAAGUUCACCGUAACAGCAACAGCCCUCUUUGCCAGCCUCGCCGCCGCCGCUGCCGCUCCCCAAAAAUGCCACAACGUCUACAUCGUCGGUGCCCGCGAGACUCUUGCUCUCCAGGAAAAUGGCUUCGGAACCGCAGCUGGUCUGGUGGAGGACGUUAAAAAGGCUUACCCAGGAACUCGUGCUGAUGCCAUAAAAUACCCAGCUUGUGCCGGUCAGGCCAGCUGCGGCGGCAUCGACUUGCCAAAUUCCCUUAAACAAGGUACUAAGGCUGUCGUCACGGCAGUGAACGAAUACAACAAAAAGUGCCCUCAAGCAAAGAUCGUACUCAUCGGUUACUCUCAGGGUGGUCAACUCAUGGAGAACGCCCUCUGCGGCAGUGCUGACCCUAAUGAGGAAACCAUCAACCCCAAAGCCCUGCCUGCCGUCAAGGCCGCCAUCCUCUUGGGUCCGAUAUCUUUCCGCAGCGAUCUUACCUACAGCCGUGGAACAUGCCGAAAAGGUGGCAUUACUGCACGUCCCGCUGGAUAUACCUGCUCCCCAGGAAAACCCGGAAUCAUCCGGUCUUACUGCGACGCCACCGACCAAUUUUGCUGCAGCGGUAAAAAUCUUCCAAUUCACUCUACCUACGUGACGACGUACGGCGAUGACGCUUUGAAAUUCAUCAAGCAGGCUGUCGACCGCAAAAAUUGA